UUUACAAUACCAAAUUUAAUAAUUUAGUUUACAUUAUUCCUACACGAAACAAUCAAGAUGUGCGACGUGAUCCUUCCCUGCGAAUAUAAUCCGAAGGAAUGCCCGAGUACCUCGCCCGAGAAAAGCCGUCUGUUCACAAUCCUGCUCCUCUAUUGCUGGCAGAAUGAGUACGACAAGCGACCCUACCAGCAGUUCCAGUUCAAGAAACUGGAAUUCGAGGAUCGGAUCGGUCGGAAGUACCACUGCAUCCGUGACUUCCGGGUCAUCGUCAACUAUCUCCUGCAGCGCCAUCAGCUGGCCGUGAAAAUUACGGGCUUGGUUGUUAGCAACUGGGAUGCGCGUCUGCUGAAGGACUUUGCCCGCUCCCUGAUCCCCGUGUGGUACAUCGAACUGACUCUGAUGCGCUUUCCCCAUGAGUUCUUCGUGAUGAUGCGCCUUAAUGCGCUUAAGAUGGAUGUCAGCCAGCUGAGCCUGGAAGGCACCCCCCUCACCGACGACGAUGUGCGGAUCCUGCGGGAGUUCCUGCUGGUCAACACCACGUUGCGGCUGCUCAACGUAUCCAGUUGCAACCUGACCCAGUACAACUUUGCUCUGAUCGCGGACGGGGUGCACAAGUCGGCGGGAGUGAGGCGUCUGUAUGCCGACCGACUGCUGGGAUUGAGUCUCAGCCUGGACACAGAGAAGUUGGCCUCUGUGUUGGGCUCGCUGCUGAUGCAGAACAGACUCUGGAGCCUGUCGCUGGAACACUGCGAACUGACAGCCCAGGACAUGCUGCCCAUUGCCGAAUACCUUUCCCUGACCACAUCCAAUUUCCGGCGCCUGCGACUUGCCUGCAAUAAAAUCGGACCGGAUGGAGCUUUGUUCCUGCUGCGCGGAAUCUCCAUUGGAAAGCGGUUGGAGCUGCUGGACAUUAGCUACAACUCGAUUGGCACACAUGGUGGCGAAUGGGUGGCCAUGUACCUCUCCUCGUGCCUGAAGCUGCAGCACCUCCACUUGAACUACAACGACAUUCAGCCGGAGGCAAUGAACCUUAUCCUGGUGACCCUGAAGAAAUGUUGCUGGCUGGAGCGCCUGGAAUUGUACGGCAACCACUUCGAUUCGCGGUCCGCGAUGAUUUUGCGCCGCCUGCUGGACGCCGAGGUGCUGCGGCACGCCGAGGUGGACAUCAGUUACACCUACGACGAGGCCCUGCAGGAUUACAGGGUGGUGCCCUGGAGGUAGAAAAUGGCUUAGAGUUGGUUGCUUCUGUUUUGCGAAUGCCUAAUAAACUGAAAAUCUGCUUUUCGGUCAAAACGAA